AUAUAUCCAAUAAUAAAAACAACAAGCAUUUAAAUCUUUAUUAUUAUUAGGUGUUAUUAUAUCAGGAAUUGGUUUACAACUAAAAUCAUGUACAUCAAAUCAUAUACAUUUUAAAAUUUAAUAUAAUCACAAUAUUUUAAUUAAACUUGAGAGAAUGAUUAAUGCAGUAAAAAGUAACAUCAGAUUAGCCUCAAAGGUUUGUAAGUUUUCUCAAGAUGUAGCUCAGCCAUUAAGAAGCAAAAAACCUAAAUCAUUGAAAAAUGUGGUACAAAAUUUUGUAGAUCUCAAGAACCUUAGAGCUAUUGGUGGUAAAGGAGGAGAUGGUUGUAUUUCCUAUCUGUCUCUUUUCUCUAAUGAAUUUGCUGGUCCAGAUGGAGGAGAUGGAGGUAAUGGUGGACAUAUAAUUUUUAAGUCAUCUGAAAGUGUAAAGGAUUUAAACCAUAUACCAACCGUUGCAAAGGCCAAAGAUGGAGAAAAAGGUUCUAAAAAAGACUGCAAUGGAAAAAAUGCAGAUCAUUUGACAAUUAAUGUUCCUAUAGGCACUAUUAUAAAAAAUGCUGCUGGUAAAGUUGUAGGAGAUUUGUCACGGCCAAAUUUAAUGUUUGUAGCAGCUAGAGGAGGAGCAGGAGGUAAAGGCAACCACUACUUUGUUUCUGACACACAACAGUCUCCAAUGAUUUGCGAAUAUGGUGCUGACGGAGAAGAUUUAGAGUAUACAGUUGAGGUUAAAAGCAUGGCCAAUAUUGGUCUGAUUGGUUUCCCAAACGCAGGCAAAAGUACUCUAUUGAGAGCAAUUUCAAGAGCUAAACCGAAGGUUGCUCCUUAUCCGUUCACUACCUUAAAGCCCCAUAUAGGAAUAGUUCAGUAUGAUGAUUAUGAACAAGUGGCAGUUGCAGAUCUUCCGGGAUUAAUCCAGGAUUCUCACAAAAAUAAAGGUUUAGGAAUCGAAUUUUUAAGGCAUGCUGAACGAUGUAUGGCUCUACUAAUCAUCCUAGACAGCUCUGAGCCAGAACCUUGGAAAAAGUUAGAGAUACUUCAAUACGAACUAUCUCAGUUUAAUGAUGAUCUUAAAUCCCGGCCACAGUUGGUCAUAGCUAACAAAAUGGAUUUGCCUGGUGCGGAACCAAAUAUUGAACAAUUGAAGAAAAUGACUGCUUUAACUGUGAUACCGAUUAGUGCAAAAUUAGGUUUAAAUAUAUCAUUGCUUUUAAAAGAAGUUAAAAUUUUGUAUGAUAGGCAAGAAACGAAUAAAUAAGAUAA